AUGAACAGAAAGAACUGUGACCUGGCCCAGCAGAGUAUAGUUCAUAUUGUUCAGAGUCCACGAGAAAGUAUUCAGAAAAGGGCUGGUGUUGAAAGUGCCAAUGCCACUGGUAUUUUAGGAGAUGUGGAAAAAGAGCCUGAAAGUCUAACACGUAUAGACCUCAGUACCAGUGUCCUCCCAUCUUAUUCUGCAGGACUGGCUAUUAUUCUGGAUACUACAGACAACACCAUUUCCCUUCCAGUUGUCAAAUCAGGUGCAGCUAUUUACAAUAGUUUUUAUGUUUUCUGCAAAAGUUUCUGUCAAGCUGUGAAGCCUGGGAAACUGCGGGUCCGUUGCAGUACAUGUAAAGAAGGGACACUAACUCUAACAAGGCUUUCAAGUCCAUUUGCAUCCUUUUGCUGCUCCAUCUGGGCUUACAUAAGAGUACAUGGUCCAUCUUGCUGGGAGGAUGUGCUGAUUCCCAACAGAAUAACUGGCACUUGCCAAUCCCAAAACUGCAGUGGAGAUGUAGCGGAGUUUUAUUUUAAAUGUGGAGCACACCCAACUUCUGACAGUGAAACAUCUGUGGCUCUGAACCUCAUUACAACAAACAGCCGGCAUAUCACAUGUAUAACAUGCACAGAUAUUAGAAGCCCUGUGCUGGUGUUCCAGUGCUUGCACCGCCAUGUCAUUUGCCUAGACUGCUUCCAUUUAUACUGUGUGACUAUGCUGAAUGAUCGCAAGUUCAUCCAUGACCCUGUGCUUGGCUACUCUCUCCCAUGUGUUGCUGGAUGUCCAGAUUCCUUGAUUAAAGAGCUUCAUCACUUCCGAAUUCUAGGAGAAGAACAGUACAACCGCUACCAGCGCUAUGGUGCAGAAGAAUGUGUGCUGCAGAUGGGUGGAGUGCUGUGUUCAGCUCCAGGUUGUGGAGCUGGCCUUCUUCCUGAACCAGAAAUGAGGAAAAUAGUAUGUGAGCCAAGCAAUGGACUGGGCUGUGGGUUUGUGUUCUGCCGUGAAUGUAGAGAAGAAUAUCAUGAUGGGGAUUGCAGCACCCUCCAUAGUACUCCGGAAGCCAUAGCCCAGAAGGGAUAUAUGGUUGAUGAGUAUGCAGCCAUGAAAGCAAGAUGGGAAGAGGCAUCCAGAGAAACAAUCAAGAAAACAACCAAACCGUGUCCUAGUUGCCAUGUACCAGUAGAAAAAAAUGGUGGAUGCAUGCACAUGAAAUGUCCUCAAGCUCAAUGCAGAUUUGAGUGGUGCUGGAACUGUGGUUUAGAGUGGAACAGGACCUGCAUGGGAGACCACUGGUUUGACUAAUAGUUCAGUAGUGCUAAGGACAACCAACCACUUGAUUGUUUUCUGGGUCAAAUCCUGAACUCUCUGCUUCGGCUAAACUCCCAUUGGCUUCUGGAACAAGGAGUUCAGAAUCAGGCCUUUGUUUUAUUUUCUUGUAUAUCAGUGCACACUAAAAAUUGAGUUCAAGUAACCAUAAGAGUUUUAAACCCACAAAUAAGGCAGGAGAAAUUCAGAUGUCCAGACUCACUCGUACUAGCACAGGAGGGCUAAAUUAUAGCUCCCUGCUUGAUGGCACUCUCCUGGUAUAAAAGGCAGGCAAUGUCACCACCAGCAACUCUCCCUGGAGUUCUGUUCCUUCAGUUACAAUCAGGGCUCCACAAAUCUCAUCUGCAAAAGCAGCAAUGAGCAUGUGCACUGAAUCAAAGCUAUCCUGAUCCCUGCCCUUUCUCAGCACAAUCCAGUUUUGGGGAAAUUCUGGUGGAAGGGAAGCUGUGGUAAUUUUCUGUCUUUACAGUCUUCUACUCUUGCAGAUUAUCAGAUGGGGCCUUGGCUCUGACCCAGAGUCAUAGUAGAAACUGCAGACUUAGACAUUCUAUCUGUGCAUGUAUAUUUGAAACAUAAGUUACAAAACACCAAUCAAUAUAUCCCUUACCAUUCAUAUUGUAUGCAGCUCUUACAGGUUUAGUAAAAGAUGCUGUUUCAGCCUGAAUGCUGAAUAUUUUUGCUGUGGUGCCUGCAAGUCAGAGUAACAGAGUUAUGUGAGCUAGAGUUCUAAGAUUUUGUUUUGCUUACAGCAAUAGUUUUGACAUGAUGGGGGGGGGGGCAGCUUCUUGGGGUUUAUUAAUAGCACAAUGGUGGUUCUACGGAGAUUUAUUAUGAUUUGUAUGUAAUUCUGAAAAUGUGUUCACUGCAUCAACAAUUAAGGUACCUGAAUUCAUUUUGGUGAGUGCAUGGAGGGCACCAGGUAUUUGCCACACCUCAACAUCUGAAAAUCCUUUCUAUCUAACCUGCUUUAAACGAUUUUGUUUUUGUUUUUUAAGCACCAAGAGGCCAAUCAUAGACAAUGUAAGGAUUUGCACAACUCACUUAAAUUACAGAAGAAGAAUAAAGCUGUUGAAAUGAGUGGACUUCUGUGCUCCUUUUUCUCCUUUUUGCAUUUGAAUAUAAUAUAAAUGAGUAAAAGAUUUAGGACCUGAUCUUUAGCUGAUGUAAAUCAAUUUAUACUAGUUGAGAAUUUAGUCCAUUGAUUCAGAACUUGUUUAUUAGAAGAAAAUAAAUUCCAGGGCUAAGAACUGUAGAUCUACAUAACACUUAGGCUAUGUCUACACAGCAAUGUUAUUUUGGAAUAACUGAGAUUAUUCCAAAAUAACAUAGUCCACGUCUACACUAUGAGUAGUUAUUUUGACAUGAUGUCAAAAUAACGGCGAACUGGAGGACUUCUUACUCUG